GUUAUUCAAGUGAACUCGAGUAACUCACGGCCUCAAAUAAAAAUUUUACGACUACGAAACGAUACCGAAUGCCACUGCAUAAAUCGUACAGACUUCUCUGCACCAGAGUUAUUCACACGGGAUAAGCGUUCCGGUUUCGCGUUUAGGCGCAGAGAUCAACAAAAUCAGGUGGAAGAUCGUACUGGCCUUAACGACAACAACGAGGAUUAUUUUGGUGCGGUUUGUCGUUGUCCGAGGCAUUUUAUUGUAUUCCAAGAGAAUAUGAGAUGGCAACAAGCACAACAGUGGCCUGAUAUAAAUUUACGUCUUGCGAAUACGUUGAAUUGUCGCUGCGAUUGUGUAGAUAUAAACACACAAUGCCAGCGAUUUAAAAGCGGCGAAGAAGGAUUCCCAAUGGAUGAUCGCAG